AUGACUUUUAUGAUACAGCCAGAGUUUUACGGAUAUGACGCCGCUGCCGCAGGAGUUAUUGGUGCCAUCACUGCUUCAUACAUCAUUGGAUUCCCAUUAAUGUAUUUGAGAGACAAUGCAAACAAACGUGACAAGCCAAGUGGAUUUACGCAGAAAUUGGCACCAACACUCUUCCAAGUUCGAAUCUCAACAUCCAAAAAGUCCACAGGACUUCCACCUACAAGCAUUUCUCUCGAGCUUGAUGGUAGUCGUGGAAGCUCUGGCUUGAUUCGUCUGAAUGCGCCCAAAUUCGGAAAUGGGUGGGCCGAUUUCCUGGUAGCUGCUCCUCCGGUGGGUGAGCUAGUUGGAGUACGACUUGAAGUAUCAUCGCAAGUCUCCUGGAUACCCGACAAAGUUACCGUAGCCGAAGUCGGAUCAAAGAAGAUGCUUGCUACCUUCAACGGGGCGAAUUGGUUCUCGGAUGGCCCAGACGCCCAGACUCAUGUUCAAUAUCUUACAGUCGCACAAAAGUCAACUGAAGAGCUGUCAUUCCGGACGGUAUUCUGGUAUACCAUGAGAGAUGAGCACUCUGCUGUCUCUGUAUCAUACCCUCCUGCAGGAACAAAUUACUCACGAUUGGCUAGAUGGUCUGCUAUCUUCACCGCACUAUUCGUCCAGCUAGCAUUGAUUGUAUCUCUUUCAUUCGACUUCUUUGAAAGAGGUAUACCUGGAUACGGCCACUGCUUUGGCUCUACUGUGUUUGCUCUAGUGGUCGGCCAAUUUAUCACUUUCGCCUUUGGUGUACUCUUCCGAAGAGUAAAGCACCCAUCUCUCACCUCAUCAGAAGAAGAGGAUCCAUUACGUGGAAGCCCAUCUGCCGCACUUGGUGUACCUGGUGCUCGACCCGCCAAUUUAACUAUUAGUUCCGACGCAUUAAACACUCGGGCCAGCGUGUCUUCUGGUCUGAUGCUCCCCUCUUGGAUGCUUUCAAUCUUAUGGUUCCUGAUGCUCAUCAUUUCUUUCGCGUCUGCCUUCAACGCUCUGGUCGAUGGAUAUGACAUCCCUGUUUAUGUCUAUGCUGUAUAUGUCGGGUACUUCUUCCUCUCCAUCUUCCUCCGUAUGGCUGUCACCGAAAUUGCAUACUGCGCUUUCCUCGCAUGGUUAAGAACGCGCCAAAAUCGGAAAUCAUCGUCAUCGUCAAGAUCCGAUGACAUGAGUCUUGAAACUGGACUGCUCAGAAAUGCUGCUGCACCUGGCAGCGGUGGUAACAAGAAUGUACUAUUCAAGGAUGUCGACUCUGGUCCAGGCACGCCCAAGGAAGGCAUUCCUCCCACAACUCAUGAAGUGCAGACGACCGUCAAGCUGGACGUCAAGGACUUUUCAAGCCCUGACUUCCUUGCAGAUGAGGAAGAUAAUGAAGAUGAAGACGAAGAUCAUGAAGAAGACGACGAAAACAAGGAUAUUUUGUAA